GGUUGGCCGCGGCUCCUUGUCAGCAUCGGAGAUGGUCAACCACACCACCUUAGGGAUAAGAUUGGGGCUGUUGCAGAACUGCCAAGCCUAAUCCAAAUUCGGCGCUCAUCUGCACGGCACGGCCAGCACCGAUGGCGUCGUGCUUGGCCGGCAGCUGGUCACUCUGCUGCUCGGCCGGGUUGUGUUGUUAGCGCACGGUCCGCCCGUCAGCUUUGAAAUGAAAUGCGGCGGGCGUGAUCUCCUUGCCCUGCUCCUCCGCGCCACCUCCAGCGCCGGUCGCCGGCAGUCCGGUACCUGCGCGCGUGCGCUCCACCCGUUCGUCCUCAAGUCCGGGCGCGCCUCCGACCCCCGCGUGGCCACGGCCCUCGCCGAUGCGUACGCCAAGUCCGGCCUCGUCUCCCACGCGCGUCAGAUGUUCGACGAAACGCAGCGCAAGGAUCUUGUCCUCAUCAACGCCAUGAUAUCCUGCUACGCCUUCCAUGGCCUCGCGGGCCAGGCCUGGUCCCUCUUUGCCGCCAUGCGGAGGACCGGCGGUCCCGGCCUCGCCGGGGACGGGUUCACCUUUAGCGCACUUCUCCGCGCUCCGCGCCACGCCGAUGCCAACGCCGACGCCGAGGUGCUGCUCACGCUGGGGUCCCUGGCGCACGGCCUCGUGCUCCGGCUGGGCCUCCUCGCGGACGUGGUGGUCGCCACCGCUCUGCUCGACAUGUACGCCAAACGUGGCCGCGUCGCCGAUGCGCGCCGGGUGUUCGACGAAAUGGUGGUCAGGACCGUUGUCUGCUGGAACGCGAUCAUUGUCUGCUAUGGCCAACACGGCAGAGGCAAGGACGCUGUCGAGCUCUUCCGAUGGAUGCUCAGAGACGAGUGCCGCCCGGACGAGCUCACGCUUGAGUUACUCAGCUCAUGUGCGAACAUGGCGGCGGCAGAUGAGGCUACUCAGCUUCAUGCUUACGCUGUAGAUAGGGGGUUGCAAGGGUUUCUGCAGGUGGCCAACGCUCUUGUCAUGGCAUACGGUAAGACCGGUUUUGUUCAAGAUGCGACACAAGCAUUCACCAUGAUCAAUAAUCCUGAUAUCGUUACACGGUCUUCCAUGGUUUCUUCCUACGUGUACCUUGGACAUGUGAAGGAUGCAAUUCAUGUGUUUGAGAGAAUGCUCCAACAAGGGCUGCCUGAUCGCAUUGCCUUCCUUGGAGUUCUUUCUGCUUGCAGUCAUGCUGGGCUCAUUGAAGAUGGCUUACACUAUUUCCUUAUGAUGACGAGGGGCUACCGAAUUGAACCAAGUCCACAGCAUCUUGCUUGUAUGGUUGAUCUCUUAGGGAGAGCUGGAAGGAUUGAAGAUGCUUACAAUAUUGUAGUCAAACUUUCCUGCAAAAGAAAUGCUGAUGUUAUUGGAGCUUUCCUGGGUGCUUGCAAGAUGCGAGGCAAAAUUGAGUUGGCAAAGUGGGCAGCUGAUAUGCUACUAUGCUUGGAGCCAAAUGAGCUAGUAAAUUAUCUGCUUAUGUCCAACGCAUUUGCUGCUACAGGAGAUUGGAGCAAACUUGCAAAAGUAAGAAGUGUGAUGAGGGACAGGUGUGGCAACAAGGUGCCUGGCUGUAGCUGGAUAGAGAUAUGUGGCACAGUUCAGACGUUUGUGUCCAAUGAUAUAUUUCUCCGUCAGUCGUUGGAGAUGCAACAAAUGAUGGAACUUACUAUUAAAGAAGUGAAAAAAGAGUUGAUUUAAGACAUAUUUGCGAGAAUCCAAUUUUAAUUUCAAUUUUUUAGAUGAAGAAUUUCAUAAGGGGACAUAUUUGCGAGAAUCCAAUUUUAAUUUCAAUUUUUUAGAUAAAGAAUUUCAUAAGGGCAGUGAAUCCUGUGAUAUUUUCUCACGGUUGAUCUGUUCAGCUGGGGUUAGUUUGACACCUGCAACAGUCACAUAACCUAUCAGUGUGAUCAUUCUCAUGUAAGUUGAAUGUCUUUAUUUUGGUGUAUUUAUGUCAAUUGACCGUAAACUCUAA